AUGUCAGAUGAGUGCCCCCUCUUCCUGUCAGACCCGGGACUGGACAGCUGCAAUUUCAUAGAGGACAGCUUGUCACCAGAGCUCCCGCACAACUACACAUUUGAUAUAAAUGCUAUUGAUCAAACAGAGUUCUCCAGUCCGUACAGUGGCAGUCAGUUUGUUGUGACUGAUAAAAAUUUACCGGUCAAGUUCCUGAGUGACAUCAGCCAGGAUUCUGUAUCUGCUCAAGCGCUGGACUCUGAAAAGAAACUCGACAGGCUGCUUUGUUCUGGGGAGGAUCUUCAAAGGGGCUCUGAUUGCAACAAAGCAAGGCCGAACAGCCCCGACCUUUUAGAUGGGCACACGAACCGCGAGCCUACAUCAAGCCUAACGUCCCUCAAGAGCAGAGAGUGGGACUUCUCUUUAGGUAAAGCCCACACGCUCAGCCCCUUUCAAGACUUUCACUGUGAGAGAAAAGAGCUGCUCUUUUCAGUUUUCGACUCACUGCCUUUAAGCUCCGCUUCAUUUGUCGACCAUGAGGGCUCGCCAACAGGUGAGCUGCCGGAGGGCAUCGACGGACUAACAUCCACCACCCCCAGCAGCUCUCCACGCUCCAUCAGCUCGCUAUCACAGGUGAGGGCAAGCCAGCUGCAGCGGGGGGCAGGGGGCGGAGGAGCCCACAUUCUCAAGCCCCUCAUGUCCCCUCCUAGCCGAGAGGAGAUCCUCAGCACUCUUCUAGACCUGGAGAUGUCAGAGGCCACCUUCCAGGAGCCUUUCUGCAGUGACCCCUCUGAUGCCCCAGGGAAGCCAAUGGAGGUCGGUGGCCGUAAGCUAACAGUGGGCACUCGGCUGGCUCGGGAACUUGCAGAGUUUGGUGGAGACCUGUCUCUGGAAGGCCUCCAUUUCUGGAAGACGGCCUUCUCAGCCAUGACGCACCCCGCCCGACGACCGUUAUCUCAUCUUGUCAAGGAGCAGAGGCUUCAGAGACAAAGGAGUCCCCAGAGCUGCCUACAUGGCAGCAGUCCCAUCAACCAAGCCCCUCUGGCCAAGGACAGCUCAGUGAGAAUAAGCCAGGUGAAGACUCUCCAGAACCGCUAUCAUCUAUGCGCUGUAAUUCCCCAGAGCUGCUAA